CGUCUCUCUCUGUGUCUCUUUUUCUCUUCCUCAGCGGAGGAGGCGAGGAGAAGCUGGCCUUGUCCGACGGUGGCCGGGCGGGGCCAAGCAGCGAAGCUCGCUCUGAGGGGAAAGCGGAGGCGGCGGCAACGGAGGCUUUGCCAUGCUGGAAGCGGCGGGUCCGGACCCGGAGCUGGACCCGGAGGACCUGGUCCACUUCUCGGUGGGGGACCUGCCCAGCCGCGGCUACGGGGUCAUGGGCGAGAUCCGGCGGCAGGGCAAGCUCUGCGACGUCACCCUCAAGGUUGGAGACCACAAGUUUAGUGCCCACCGGAUUGUCUUGGCAGCUUCUAUCCCUUAUUUCCACGCCAUGUUCACGAAUGACAUGAUGGAAUGCAAGCAAGAUGAGAUUGUCAUGCAGGGCAUGGAUCCAAGUGCGCUGGAAGCUCUGAUCAACUUUGCCUAUAAUGGUCACUUGGCAAUAGACCAGCAGAAUGUCCAGUCCUUGUUGAUGGGAGCAAGCUUCUUGCAGCUGCAGAACAUCAAGGAUGCCUGUUGCUCUUUCCUCAGGGAGAGGCUUCACCCAAAAAACUGCCUAGGAGUGCGGCAGUUUGCUGAAACCAUGAUGUGUGCCGUACUCUACGAUGCUGCCAACAGCUUCAUCCACCAGCACUUUGUUGAAGUGUCCAUGUCAGAAGAGUUCCUAGCCCUAUCCUUUGAGGACGUCUUGGAGCUAGUCUCGAGAGACGAGCUCAACGUUAAGCUGGAGGAGCAGGUCUUCGAAGCUGCCUUGGCGUGGGUGAGGUAUGACCGUGAACAUCGAGAAGCCUUUUUGCCGGAGCUCCUUUCCAAACUCCGUCUCCCUCUCUGUCGGCCCCAGUUCCUCACAGAUCGCGUGCAACAGGAUGAGCUGGUCCGCAGCUGCCACAAGUGCAGGGACCUCGUGGAUGAAGCGAAAGAUUAUCACCUCAUGCCAGAGCGCCAACCACACCUUCCGGCUUUCAAAACCCGUCCCCGCUGUUGUACCUCCAUUGCAGGCCUGAUCUAUGCUGUGGGAGGCCUCAAUUCUGCAGCAAAUUUCUACGCAGGCGACUCGCUGAACGUGGUGGAAGUCUUUGACCCCAUUGCCAACCACUGGGAGAAGUGCCAGCCAAUGACGACAGCUCGUAGCCGAGUCGGUGUGGCCGUGUUGAAUGGACUCUUGUAUGCCAUUGGUGGGUACGACGGGCAGCUGAGACUGAGCACGGUGGAAGUUUACAACCCAGAGACGGAUUCUUGGUCCAAAGUGGGAAGCAUGAACAGCAAACGAAGUGCCAUGGGGACAGUAGUACUGGAUGGACAGAUCUAUGUUUGUGGCGGGUAUGAUGGCACCUCCUCCCUCAACUCGGUAGAAGCAUAUUCCCCUGAAACAGACAGAUGGACUGUAGUGACUCCAAUGAGCUCCAAUCGCAGUGCGGCCGGCGUUACAGUAUUUGAAGGCCGGAUCUUUGUCUCCGGUGGUCACGAUGGACUCCAGAUCUUCAAUAGCGUAGAAUACUACAAUCACCACACAGCUUCAUGGCAUUCUGUGGCCAGCAUGCUCAACAAGCGCUGCCGGCAUGGAGCAGCCUCCCUCGGCAGCAAGAUGUUCGUCUGUGGCGGUUAUGAUGGCUCAGGCUUCCUCAGCAUUGCCGAGGUGUACAAUUCCAUGGCAGACCAGUGGUACCUGAUUGUGCCCAUGAAUACCCGGCGCAGCCGCGUCUCCCUUGUCGCGAACUGUGGCCGUUUGUAUGCCGUAGGGGGCUACGAUGGACAGUCCAACCUGAGCUCUGUAGAAAUGUACGACCCCGAAACCAACCGCUGGACGUUCAUGGCCCCCAUGGUGUGCCACGAGGGAGGGGUUGGGGUGGGAUGUAUACCUCUCCUGGCAAUAUGACCUGGCGAGGCGGGACAGGGUGGCGUAUGUACGCAGUGCAUGCAAGCCAUAACUGCCAGGGGCAGGAGAGAGCCCAUUGUUCAUGAAGAGACAGCUGACAGAGCAAGACAUCCAUUCUACAAAGAGAGGUACAUCGCAUUUCAAGGUGCUUGGAACGUUGUCCAUUCGAAAAACGCACAAAACGUCUCACUCAGUGGAAUCACGUCACUGUGGUGUUGGUUCCACAAGUUUGACAGUUCAGGCUAUGUGAAUGAAGGCUGCCUCCCUCUUUCUCCAUGCUCUGCCAGGCUUCCAGCCUCUUUUGGUCAUUCCUGCCCUUGCCCUUCCUGAUGCUACUACCCUUGGUCUGUUUGUGAUUGUGUCAACAGGUUUGUGCUGGCUUUGUUAGAACAGUGAGAUGUGUGGUAUGAAGCAGAGGUGGGAAUCGUGGAAACCUCCAGAUGCUGUCAGACUGGGAGUCCCAGCAGCCCUAGUCAUCAUAGCCGCUGGUGGGUCAUGCUGGAGUUGCACUCCAGUAACAUCUAGAGGGUCACAGGCAUCUCACCCCCCAAGGUAUGAGAGAGAAGGUAAUAUUCUAUUGCCAUUCCUUUUAAAGCUGAAGAGAGGGAGUUUGCUUCUCCUCAGCCAUGUAAACACUAUGGAGGCAAGGAAAUUGGUGUGUGUGUGUGUGUGUGUGUGUGUGUGUGUGUAUUCAGCACAUGUCUAAUGCCCUUCCCGCACAAACAAGAGGGUUUUUUUACCCCUGGUAAUGUCCAGUUCAUGAGAAGAAAACAAAAGGCUUUAAAAAGCACACCAUGGCCCUUCCUCUACCUGAACAUGAAUGUGCACCUGUAUAUCAUUGGAAUAGCAAGAGUUUACCUGGUUAUCGCCAGCCUGUUCUCCUGAGCCACUUUAGACCAGGAGCAUUCUUUUUUUCCUAGCAGGAGGUGACCCAGAAUUUGGCUUCGAGGUCAUUUCCUAUUACUUUCCUGGCAACACAGGAGACUAUGGUUGGCUAUCCUCAUGGCCUCUCUAAUUCCUGUGCUGGCUGGUGGUGCAAUGUUGACUGAAACCAAAAUAUCUGUCCUUUUAAUGCCUGCAUGUUACAACCAUAUUUGCAAUGGAGGAAGAGGCAGGGUAGAAUUUUGGAAGGAAAAAAUAAUUCUUUUGAGAUUAUCCUUGGGCAUGAACACCCUUAAAGAAAAGGUUAUCUCAUAUUUUGGUGAAGUGUUAGGGAGAAAGUGUGCUGGUGCAAUUUUUGCUGGUGGAAUAUGAAUGAUCUUCACAUCGUGGCUUUUGUGUGCUGUGACUUUUUGAGCCUGUUUUGACAGCUGCCAUGAAAUGGAUGUUUUCUUGCUUCUGGGAAAUUACACAGUCAAGAGAGACUGGUCAUGGAUAUAUAAAGAUAUAUGAAAUGGCCCAAAGCCUGGGCCAUCUUGAGCAUGCAUGCGUAUGUUCUCACAUGCAUUUGCUGCAGAGUCCCAAGCAUGUUAAGUUUUGGGUUUUUUUUCCCCCCCAGGCCAGGAUCAAUCACUUCUUGGUAGCAGUUUCCAGUUUAAAAGCAAAAUAAAUAUUGCUCUGUGUUUUCUCAAUGUCGUGUCAGCUUGUUUUUCAGUUUGACAUCCUACUUGCUCACAGGACUGAGCUUCUGCUGCUCCCUUCGCCUGGAUUCAAGAGAUUUUCCCCAUAGCUGGAUGUCAAAUUGAAAAAAAGGUUGCUGCUUUCCUCAAAAGUGACAGCAUCAAAGCCAAAUGUUAGGGAUGGGGGCAUUGACCACUGAAGAGGGACACAGUGCAGAGUCAGUGGCCUCCAUAUUCUUUAAUACUUCACUACCUGAAAACCUGCCACUCCCUUUUUGGAGGGAAAGAUCAAAAGGGUCAGGCGAAUUAUUUGGAUCUGCCCCUCUUUCUUUUCACCUUAGAAGGGCUAUUUCCCUGCUUCUGAGUUAGAGGGAUAGAUGGACUCUAUCCCUUCUUCACAAUGGAUUCAUGGCUCAUGGAAGUGCUUGUCUAACUCUAGGAAGUAUGAUUACCAUGUACAGUGUGAAUGAAGCACCUUUGAGCAUGGGCAGGCAUUUGUCAUGAAACAUACCUGAGCACCAUCUUGUCAUCACUAUUUAGAGCAUCGAUUAUCUCCAGAGCAGUUUUGAGUGGGGAAGGAGGAGGGGUUGGCUUUCAAAGGCAUGUCAUGCCAUAAUCUGGUUCCCAGUAGAAGUGAUAUAGAGAAGUGCAAGGGUUGCCGUAAAGCAAAGGUGAGGAAAGUGCGACCUGCCAGCCACAUGUGACCUCCAAGCCUCCCCAUUGUUUUUGACCCUAAAUGCUCAAAACAUCAAAACAGAGAUGAAGAAUACAAAAAGGUCAAGCAAGGCCUUGUGUCACUUGUUGGCACAAACCUCUUUUGGAGGGCCAGAAACAUGGCAGAAGAUGUUUGAGGGUGCAUUUGUGGGCAAAAAGAAAUGAAAUUUGGGGAGGGCUUCCAAGGUCCUCUGGGGGGCUAGUAAUGCCCCCCUAAUCUCCAAUAGUUUCCCAUAUCUGCCAACGAGGGAGGUUGUGAAUGGAUGUUGUACAUUGGCUGAAUGCACUUGGUAUUCCCGCAGCCUAUUCUGUGCCUCUUCUGACAAGCUCAGCAGUAUGGAUUUUCACACUACAAAACAAGAGGCAUUGAACCUCCAGGCACAACCACAAAUAAUGACCAGGUACCAGCAUUGAGAAGGGUUUCAGACCAUGCUGGUACGCCUCUCCACGCAAGUGCAAAUGGCCAGCAACUUGCAUUCAUGUGAAAUAAUGUACGUAAAAGUCUUGUCUGUUCCUGUGUUGGUUGGUGGAAGCUUGAGGCAGAGGAUAAAGAGCAGGAGGUGGCAAGACAGCUCUUCUCCUUGUUCCAAAUAUAUUUAACUUGAAAUUUA